AUGUUGAUUGUAACGUGCAGCUCAGCAGUCAGACAGUAUGAUGUGUGUGCAGGUCUGGGUGAGGCCUGGGGUCAUACAAGUCGAACAAGAUCUCUGGACAACAUUGGUCGAGAGCUGGGGUCUCAUUUGCUGCAGACGUUGGACGGAUUCAUCUUUGUUGUGGCCCCGGAUGGAAAGAUCAUGUACAUCUCAGAGACAGCGUCGGUGCAUUUAGGACUGUCUCAGGUAGAGUUGACUGGGAACAGUAUUUAUGAAUAUGUCCAUCCUGCCGACCACGAUGAGAUGACCGCUGUGCUCACUCCACACCAGCCCUACUCACACUUCGUCCAAGAAUAUGAAAUGGAGCGCUCUUUCUUUUUGCGGAUGAAAUGUGUGCUGGCAAAGAGAAACGCAGGCCUCACCAGCGGCGGAUACAAGGUGAUCCACUGCAGCGGCUACCUGAAGAUCCGUCAGUACAGUCUGGACAUGUCACCUUUCGAGGGCUGCUACCAGAACGUGGGUCUGGUUGCUGUGGGACACUCUCUCCCGCCCAGCGCCGUGACGGAAAUCAAACUGCACAGUAACAUGUUCAUGUUCAGAGCCAGUCUGGACAUGAAGCUCAUCUUCCUGGACUCCAGGGUUGCCGAGCUGACAGGUUAUGAGCCCCAGGACCUAAUAGAGAAAACUCUGUACCAUCAUGUCCACAGCUGUGACACCUUCCACCUCCGCUGUGCUCACCACCUCUUGCUGGUAAAAGGCCAAGUCACUACUAAGUAUUAUCGUUUCCUGGCCAAGCAAGGCGGCUGGGUCUGGGUCCAGAGUUACGCCACAAUCGUCCACAACAGCCGAUCCUCAAGGCCUCACUGUAUCGUCAGUGUCAACUAUGUCCUCACGGACACUGAGUAUAAGGGUAUGCAGCUGUCCUUGGACCAAAUGAGCCCCACCAAGCCAGCCUUCCCCUAUGCCAACAGUCACACUGAAGACAGGAAGAGCACCAAGUCACGUCUGACCCAGGCCAAGGCCAAGGCCAGAGUGUCACCCUACCCACAGCAGUUUUCUGCUUUCAAUCCAGAGCGCUCGGAGUCAGACCAAGACAGCCAAUGGGGAGGAAGCCCUCUGACUGACUCCGCAUCUCCUCAGCUGUUGGAUCCUGGUGAGGCUACCGAGACAUCUUGUGCCUACCGACUGUAUCCAGACUCAGGCUCCCUGUGCUAUGGCCUUGGUUUAUCUGAAGAAGAUCUCGCCCAUGCCCAAGCACAUCCCCACACCACCACCUGUGACCGCGUCCGAUGCCAGAGCAGCCGAUACUUCCUAGGAACCCCCCAGUCAGGAAGAGAGGUUUGGUGGGAUGCCACACGCUCUGUUCUCUCGCUGCCGAAACCCUCGCUGGAGAACAGCGAAGCCUACGAAAUCACAUCGUACCAUGGAGCCAUUCAUGGACGUAGUCACUGGGAUGAAGACAGUGUAGUGAGUUCACCUGAUGGAGGCGGGUCCACCAGCGAUUCAGGUGAGCGUUACCACGGUGACCACUUUCGGGCAAGCCCUCGAGAGCCAAGCAAGAUGGAGACCCUGAUUCGUGCCACGCAGCAGAUGAUCAAAGAGGAAGAGAGCCGUCUGCAGCAACACAAGGCGCCGCUGGAUGUCUCAGGGCUCGCCAAAGCUCACAGCCCAUGCUUCAACUCCUCAUUACCCCACCACUCCCAGCUCACCAUGCCCAGUGUUGUGUGCCGAGGCCCAGGAGCACCCAGCAUCGACCUCCCCUCUGAGCGCCUCCAUCACCGGGAUGCCAUCAAAGUGCAUGGCCCCCAUGACAAUGACGAAAACACUACCAGUCCUGCUUCUUUAUCCCGUCUCAGCAGCCCCAGCUCUGAUGGGAUCCCCAGGUCGGGCCUCUCCCUCACCAAAGACUACAUGCCGACUGAUCUGUCCCCCCACCAUUCACAGCCCCAGGGGAGCCCGCUGAUCUAUCCAACCCAGGAGAGUCGGCCAUUGGACAGACAAGCAGCCUAUGCUUUGACUGGGUACUCCCUGGAGCACCUGUAUGACCCGGAGAACCUGCGUAGUUACUCUGGACUGGCCUGUGGAGGAGUCCAGUAUGAUGUGGCAUCUCAUGUGAGGAUGCAGGCAGAGCAGAUGCAGGGACACAAAGCCACCUCAGUUAUCAUAACCAACGGGAGCUGACGAUACCUAUUGCAGACAGAUUGUGUUCUCUAAAUGAGGAUGUUAAAUUAAGGUGGUGCUGUGUGCACAUUUAACACUGGUCAGGUGCUUGAUGGAAAAAACAAUAAUAAAAAAAGACUGAAAGGUACUUGCACUGUGUCCAUGCGCCCUCUCUGGCUCAGUCAGUGCAAUUUCUGUUUUCAUCAGGCCUGAGUAUCAUGACAUUCGCCCUCCGUGUCAUCAGAGGAUGAUUUUCCAAGACUCUAAAUGACUUGUGUUAAAGAACUAAUAUUUGGUACGUCACCUAGCACAGGGCGGAGGUCUGCUCCAAAACAAAGGAAUACAGUAAUAUUUUAAUGGCACUGAAUUCCCUUCCUUGCAAAGGCGACCCAAGUUUUGAAUCUGGUUAAACAUCAAGCCAGUGUUUCUGUUCCAAAUGUCUUACGCAUCAUUGGCCAUGUGAGUUAAUCUGUCCCGGACACGAUUUCCAAAGGCAGUAAGCAAAUGUGUUGUUCCAUUGCCCCUUCACCUAAAAACUCCAUUGCACAGAACAUAAUGUUUGACACAUGUGCAUCAUGGGAACGGUGAGCAUUUCGCUAUUGUUAGAUGUCAGUGUUUCCUGGUAUUUAUUUGUCAGUGGGCUAUUUUCUGUAUGUGUCAUUUCUUCCUGUCCAAGUAGAAACUUUACUGGUGGCAUUAAAUUAGUUUUGGUGUUCGGAUGACACCGACAUUAGACUAGAAAAAAAGAAUCUAGUGGAAAAACAGAAAGAAAAAAAAAUGCCUCUGAUAUGUAAAAGUGUAAAUUAUGCAGGACAACUUUGAACUGUUUUAAUGUGUAUGUGAAACGCCGUCACUUAGAGCACAAAGAGAUUACAAAAGCAACUUGUAAUCUCCCCGUGACCUCUAAACAUAGAUAUUGUAUGUAUUGAUUUACAGUUGUGGCUAAAAUGAUAUAGUUUACAUAUCAGAGUAUGAUUUUUUUUUCCUGUUUUUACUUCAAGCUUUACCUGACAUAUUAGCAUAUGUAGAGUAUGCUUUAAAUUUUCAAUUCUGCUCCACAUGCAAUUGAAAACCAUCUGUUUUUGUAUUGUUGAGAGGGUGAAAGGGUAAAAAUGAUUGAUACCAACUUAUCUAAAAAUGUUGAAUGUCUUUAGUUUCUUAUUUAAUUUAUGAUGUAAAUAUUAUCACACAAUGAACUUUUGGACAAGGAGUGACAAGGUUAUUUAUUAAUUGGUUAAAAAGUCUCUUAAAUCUGAAUACUGUUGCA